AUGGCUGUACUCAAACUAACUCUCAAUCUCGCUCUCACCCUCCUACCCCUCUGCAAGAGCGCCGCCCUUCCAGAAUCCCUAGCCCGUCCCCCUCAGGCCCCGAGCCUAGCACAAGCCGACGACCUGGCCCCGCCCAUAUGCUAUAACGGUAACACCGCCCUGCAAUUCCCCCAGCCACCUGUCGAAGGCUUCAUCCAACAGUUCUGCAACGACCUAUCGUGGUUGGCCAAGUACACCCUCGCAUCACCAGUCUCGCAGGGCAGCGGGGUCACGCACGAUGGCAAGACCAAAGUCGUGGGUAUCAACAAACCGUACACGAUCGACAGCCUCCCCGGCUAUCUCUGGCUGGGCAUUCUGUUCGACAAGACAGCGUCCCCCUGCGCGGGCACCCGUCUGCGCACCGUCCUCAACGGCUGCCAGACCAACACCAUCACGGCCAAGACGGGCGGCGAGCUGCACGACGGGUGUGCCGUGUUUGCCGUCCAGCGGACGACCGGGACGGAACCCUGGAACCCGUGGUUUCCGCAGGACAUGGAGGACUUCCUGUGCCGUGAGACGAAUCCAUUCCUUGGGCUCGGGGAUGAUUUGAAGGGAAGCUGUACUUGUUGGUAUAAUGCCUACCCGGGCCUGGUGGACUACUUCAAGAAGCCUAUUGGAGGCUGUGAUGCUAGUAAGGUGAACAAGGGUGAUUUGGUGCGCAACUGA